AUGCAGGGCGGAUCCUGGGCCGUUGUUUCUAGCUGUCUUUCUUCUCCCUCCUUUCCGCAGAUCGCUCGCUCUGUCGCUCCCUCGAGACUGCGUACUCUGCCGCCAACGCGGAGGAGGACGCAUGCGCCUUCUUUGUCUCUUCUUCUGAUUUCUGUCUUUCUCUUGUUCUCCUCGCCCUCGCGGCGGGCGCGGCAUGCGACUACUCCCGUUCUUCUCCUCUCGGCGCAUACCAGUCCUUUGCCGUUGCGCCUCUCCUCUGUGCUUCAGUCGGCCUCGCUCUUCGCUCUAGCCGCUGCCCAGCAGCCUGCCGGCGGCUCUGGAGGGGGGGACGCCCCCGGCGCGUUCGAGGACUCGUUCAUUUUCAUUCCAGACGACGUCGACGACGAAUUCGAGUUCGAUUUCUAUCCGCCGGAGGCCGUCAAACCGGGCGAAGCCGCUGGACGGGGGCCCCCGGGGUCGCCGCCUGGCAGCGCGUCCUUCGCAGAGCACCUCCUCGAACUCCCCGUCUCCUUCUGGGCGGCCUUGGUAAGCGACGCGUCUGCAGACGCCCGCCGGCAGAGUGACGCGGAGAGAGGCGAGGAGGCGCUGCCGCCGCAAGCUCCGCGGCAGCGACGCCUACAGAGCACGAACGCGGACGCAAAAGGAGAACGGAUCGUGCGGGGGCCUGCGUCGGCGAAGAAACGCGUGGCGGCGCCUCGUCUGGAUCGCAGACGCGAAGAACGAAGCAGCUGA